UUCUCACCUUCGUCAAUCGGAAAUGUUUACGAAUACGUUGUUUUAAAGGGAACAUAUACUGUAUUUCAAAUAGUUUGGUUGUACGAGCCUGGGAAACUACUAAUUAAUUAAAAGACUUGUCUUCCGGAAAUGUUACCAUGACCACACGGACGUUUUAUGGGGUGAAUCGGCGUGAAUCGUAAAUGUUUAGAAAUACGUUGUAAAGCUUGCAUUUAAAAUAGUUUAUUUGGUUGUACGAGCCUUAUUCUAGCUGGGAAACUACUAACUAAUUAUUCAGUUUGAGCGAGCAAUGUCUGCUGUUCCGAGGUAAUCAAACGUUACUGCGUGCACAAUCUCGGCCAAAUGCCAUACAAAGAAGCUGCCAAGCCCCAUUGGACUCACAGCAACAAUAACUUUAGAUUCAUUUUUUUCCCUGAGGACCUGCAGACCCAACAAGAAGCAUCAUCAGUUUGGCCAUUACCCAAUAUAGGACAAAAGUUCACAUUCAACUUCCAAAUUCCCCCCGAUGCACCUAUAGACAACAUGGCAGCAGAGAUGUCGGACCCUCAAAAUGAAAAUUGUACCACAGUGCCCGGGGCUAGCUCAUUACUUGAACAGCCUCCACAGUCAAAAGCAAAAAAUACAAAGAAAUGUGGAAAGAAAAAGUUAAUGGCGAGUUCGGAGGCACCCAGACAGACAAGUGCAACUGAAGGGAGUCAAGAAGGCAAAAACACAGAGCUGAGUGCUGAAGAACAGUUUAAAAGACAGCUGGAUUGGUGCAUUGAGCAGCUGGAACUGGGAAUGAAGUCGCACAAAGCCACCCCAAAGCAGAGGGAGGAUGCAUCUCAUGGGCUUAAGACAUUACGCAGCUCCAAAGCUCCUCUGGUCAAGAAGAGGCAAGUGAUGAGAGCCAUGGCAGGAGAUUACAGGAAAAAAAUGGAAGAGGAAAAGAACAAGCAAUUUAAACUCAUCCGAAGCGAACUUGCAUCAGCUCAGGUCAAAGUAAAGUCGGGGUCACUCAAAAAAUCUGUUUUCCAUCGGAGAGCUGAAGGAAAACAGGAGGAGAACCAGCAUCAAAGUGAAGCUCAAGAAUCAAACCUGAAGACUCCUCAAGAAGGCUUUGUGUUCACUGCAUCGAAAGAGGAGUUUCGCUUCAAUUUUCUGUGAUUGCAACUUUGAGGAUAAACUUGUGUGCAGGUUUGAUGUUGGAAACAAUUGGCUCGCUUUUAGCUAAAUAAAGUGCAGUGUUAUUAGCAACAGCUCUCAGUCUGAUCACUGUGCAGGUUUACACUAACA